CCAUUUAUUCCCUGUUCCCCAGGCCUGCAGUGCGUGUGCCAGCUGUGUGAACACACCAACUUCACGUGCCAGGGCCUGGUCCCCACAGCCCGGUCCCCAGGACCAUUUAUUCCCUGUUCCCCAGGCCUGCAGUGCGUGUGCCAGCUGUGUGAACACACCAACUUCACGUGCCAGACGGAGGGCGCCUGCUGGGCCUCGGUGAUGCUGACCAACGGGCGUGAGGAGGUGGUCAAGUCCUGCGUCUCCCUGCCCGAGCUGAACGCCCAGGUCUUCUGCCACAGCUCCAAGAACGUCACCAAGACCGAGUGCUGCUACACUGAUUUCUGCAACAACAUCACCCUCCGCCUGCCCCUCGCGUCCGAGGCUCCUGGCAGAGCGGCGCGGCGCUCGGCGGCGUUGGCGGUGCCGGUGGCGGUGCCGGUGUGCGCCCUGGUGCUGCUGGCCCUGUUGGGGGCCUGCACGGCCCGGGGCCGGCGGCACCGUGGGGCCAAGCCCCCCAACGUGGAGGAGCCCCUGUGCGAGGCCAGCCUGGCCAGCUCCGGGAAGACGCUGAAGGAUCUCAUCUACGACAUGACCACCUCUGGCUCGGGCUCCGGUCUGCCUCUGCUGGUCCAGAGAACCAUCGCCAGGACGAUCGUCCUGCAGGAAAUCGUGGGAAAAGGGCGAUUUGGCGAAGUCUGGCAUGGGAAAUGGUGUGGGGAGGACGUGGCUGUGAAAAUCUUCUCCUCCAGAGACGAGCGGUCGUGGUUCCGGGAGGCAGAGAUUUACCAGACGGUCAUGCUGAGGCACGAGAACAUCCUGGGCUUCAUUGCUGCCGACAACAAGGAUAAUGGGACGUGGACUCAGCUCUGGCUCGUGUCCGAGUACCACGAGCAGGGCUCCCUGUUUGACUACCUGAACAGGGGCACGGUGACGGUGGAGGGCAUGGUCAGGCUGGCACUCUCGGUGGCCAGUGGCCUGGCCCACCUCCACAUGGAGAUCGUUGGCACGCAAGGGAAGCCAGCGAUCGCACACCGGGAUCUGAAAUCCAAGAACAUCCUGGUGAAGAGGAACGAGACCUGCGCCAUCGCCGACCUGGGGCUGGCGGUGAAGCACGACUCGGUGCUCAACACCAUCGACAUCCCCCAGAACCCCCGUGUGGGCACCCGGAGGUACAUGGCCCCUGAGAUCCUGGACGAUGCGAUGAACACGAACAUCUUUGAGUCCUUCAAGCGUGCAGACAUUUACUCCCUGGGGCUGGUGUACUGGGAGAUAGCCCGGAGGUGCUCUGUUGGAGGAGUCACUGAGGAAUACCAGCUGCCUUACUAUGACCUUGUGCCUUCUGAUCCUUCAAUAGAAGAUAUGAGGAGGGUUGUCUGUGAACAGAAGCUCAGACCAAGUAUUCCAAACCAGUGGCAAAGCUGUGAGGCUCUGCGGGUUCUGGGCCGGCUGAUGCGGGAGUGCUGGUGUGCCAGCGGUGCCGCACGCCUCACCGCGCUGCGCGUCAAGAAGACGAUCUCACAGCUCUGCGCGCUCCAGGACCCCAAAGGCUGAGAGCGCUGGCCGCGGGACCGGAGGGGAAGGCGUUCUGCUGUCCAUCUUUGCACGUGUGAUUGUAUUUCUGUCUCUGUCUACCUCAGCUCGAUGGUUCCGUAGCGCGGUGCCCAGGCGGAACUCCGGCCCGGAGAGUUGUGCUGGGCCCUGGCGCGCGGCAGCCGGGACUCGGAGCUUGGGGUUGGUACAGCGAGCCCGUGACUUGCUUUGGGUUUUUGUGUAAAUCAGACACCGGUGAAUCCCAGGAAGGAGCUUGGAGAGUCGUGACAGUGUAAAAAUUCCUUUUGCUGUUGUGCUUUUCAUCCUUGUCAGCCUCAAAUGUCCUGGAAGUGUCUGGUGCUGGUUAACGCCUGUUUGUGGGAGAAACCUCAUGUUCUGUCCUCAAACCAAGUAAAAGACCAAAUUAACCCAGCCUUGCACCUUUUUUUUUCUUGCAGGGAUUUGAAAAGGGGUUGUCAGUAAAUGCUUUUUGAAUUACUAUAAUUAACCAAGCAAUUAGAAAAAAUGGAAAUUCCAAUAAGUGUGUGCACUGUGAACAAAGGCAUUGAGUCAGUUCCUUAUUAACAUUUAUUUUUAUAGCCUCAAUUUCACAUUCAAUACCAUGGUUAAAGUUUGAGUUGUUUUGCUCUGUCUUUUUUUCAUCAAACAGAUCAAUGAAGGGACAGAUUUUAAUUUCAGCAGUUGGUAGGAAAAAAAAAUAGAGGCAAUACUUUUCUCUUAGCUGUGAAGGGAUGGAACAGGAGAAAUUCUACCUAAACUGGGAAAAUAUUUUUUAGCAAUGUUUUUCCAAUCACUGGCAGAAUUAUUUUAGUGCCUUUUGAUGUAUUGGGGGGAAGCUUUAACAAAAGCCAAUACAGCCUGUUCAGAGGUUUCUUGCAGAAUUCCUUAACAGCACCAGGCUGGUGAUGAAUAUUAACAUUUCUGACCAGGUUUCCAUAAUAUCACAAAAAAUAAUAUCAGCAAAGGGAGUUGCUGUGUUAAAAUUCAACAAUGUUCUGGCAUUUUAUGAAUUUUGGGCCACUGAAUAUAACAUUGGAAUAUUUUUAAUAGGCAAAAUUAUGUAUUUUGUAGUCUUACGGUUUUGAAAUGUUUCUAAACCCUGCUGGCCCAAGGAAAUGAAUCCCAAAGAUGUUUCCAGAAUAGCAAAGCCUUGCAGAAAUCUGAUGUGGCCCCGUGGCUCCGUGGCAGGCAGCUGUUGGCUGAUCACAGUGUCCCAGAUCAGUCUCUGGGGACAAAUCCCUUGGCUGGAGCCCCUGCAGGGAAGAGCGUGUUGGACCUUUCCUGAGUGCGUGGUCAGCAGUGCCGUCACCCCCGGCCUCACCCUGACCUCCUCACCCUCAGGACUUUGUGGUGCUGGUGGCUGCUGCCUGCCCAGGGACAGCCUCUGGUGCAAUGUUCCCGUUUGCCCAGGGUUCAGUCACUCCUGCAGGCUCUGGGCUGUGCAGACACAUUUCCAUAACUGCUGCUCCUCCAGAGUGGUUUCUCAGAUAUCAUCACGAGAUAUCUGAGAUCCACGGCAGGCUGGAUGGGACCUGGAGCAACCUGGACAGCUGGAAAGGGUCCCUGCCCAAGGCAGGUAAAAAGGGACAGGCUUUAAGGUCUCUUCUCACCCAAAACCAUUCUGGGGUUCUGUGAAUCUGUUCCUCUGUGCUUCAAGUGCACGAGCUACCCCGUGGAGCUCAGGGAUGUGACUUUGAAGGCUGUUUGAGGGGUAAUCUUGGCACCUGCAUGAUCCAAACCUUGGUGCUCACUUGACUAUCAAACCUCGGAUCCAGAAUCUGUUCUUGUAGUAUGUACAAGAACAUACUUACCUUAAAAAAUCCUUAUCUUAAAAAGGAAGAAUCAAAGCUUUAUUUUUUUAAGUGGGAAAAGAGUUUCAGUUUUCAGUUUCCCCCCUGGAGUCUCUGAAAAUUGUUGGCCAGCCCAGUUAUUUGGACCAGACCCUCUUGGUGCCUGGCUGGGAAGAGUGGGUGGAGGAUGCUCAGGCUCAGCUACUCCUCACACAGGUCACAGCUGCAGCCCUGGACGUGCUUUAACCUUUUCCCUGGACAUAUCUCUUGGCAUCUGACAUUAUGGUCUGUUUGCCCUGGCUUUUCACCUAACUCAGUAUUUUUGCACUGGUUUUCUUUUCUCUUGCUGUUGAGAGGUGAAUGUACAUUUUGAUGGACUAGAGUUGGACAUAACUGAGCCAAGGGGCUGAUGUUGUUGUACUGAGCUCUGAAGUGUUUGUAAACUCUACACUCCUUUAGAAAAACUCCAAAGAACCCUUGUUUUAGUUGCCUUUCCCCUCCAUGUGGGUUUGUCCUGUUCUAAUUUAAGCACAGAUAUUAUGCCAAGACACUUCUGUGCAGUCUAGGGAGGCUUAGGUUUCCUCAGAGGUUACAACAUUCCUCAUAAUCUUCAUUUAAAGCACAAGUUCUUAAGAUCAUGAAAAUUUUCAAGGUCAAGGAUGCUCGAAACCUGCCACCACAUUCAGCCUCUCUUAAUUGAUGCUUCUAAAUGGGGGGAGUUACCAAUAUUUUAUAAUUUGCUUCUAAUAACAAUCUAAAGUUUAAUGUAGGGAUUAUGCACUGGAAGGGAAAGUUAAUUAAUGUUUCCUGUAGCACCUAAUUUUUUUUGAGUUACUUGAACUGCUGCCCCCAGACACUCCUUGAGAAAUUCAGGCUGUAAUCUCCUCUGCUCUUCCCUACUUUUAUAAUUUGCACUUAAUCAAGCUCAUUCCCUCACAUGACACUCUAAAGAAUCCUACAAUAUUUUAGUCAUUGCAAUGUCACUUUUUUGCUGGUACUAGAUUCAGGAAUUGUAAAUAAAUGAGUUUAGAAAUGUGCCCGGUCCCUCGAAUGUGUCUGGGCUUUGGGCAGGGACAGUUCUGCCCAGUCCCUUCUGCCCGGAGCUCCUGUGCCAAGGGUGGCCUUGAGGCUGUCCCCAGCUCCCCCUGGCUCGUGGGAAGGAGGUGUUUGGGUUUUGCCUGGGGACAAUGGCACAGGACAGGGACAGGGGUGACACUGGGGCUCUGCCUGGGGCGAGGACAGGGCUCUGGCUGUGGCAGGUGUCUCUGCUGCCUCCUUUGGGCACACGCCUGGAGAGGCACAAACCCGUUUUUUUGGGUUUUUGCUGCUCAAACCCCCUGCUGUGGGUCAGUGGGGUCACGGAUGUCCUUGGGGUGUCCUUGGGGUGUCCUUGGGGUGUCCUUGGGGUGUCCCUGGGGAGCUCUGGGCCAGCAGCUGGGUGCCCCAGCAGCACUGCAAGCGUGUCCCCUCCUCUGUCCAUGUGUCUGCUCCAUCCCCAGGGGCUCUGGGACCCCAAAGCCCCAAGGCUUUUAGGGAAACCUGUCCAUGUUCUGCUCUGAUGGGCAGAACAAUACUUAUGAAUGUACAGGGAAUAAGCAUUGAGGUACAGUAUAUUUCUACAGAAUAUAAGAAAUGUGCAAUAAGUUGUAACUUACACUGAAUGUAUUUUUGGCAGAAAUGGACCGGAUGUAUUUUGAAUGUAGCCAUGACAUUGUGUCUAAGCCUGCUGUGCUUCUCAGUCUCUAAGAAAAACCUGUCAUGCUUUGUCAAUUUACAAACCACUUCCUGAGUUGUCUGUUUUUAAAAGAAGCAUUAGUAUUUUAUCUGGAACACUGUAAUAUUUCUGAACUAAGUAUAGCAGUGCAGCGCUAACUUCAACCCUCGUGUUGUGAAAUACUGUGUACACUGCAGAGUUAUUUUAAAACUAUUGCUAAAGUUAUUGCUUGAUAUUGCAGCUGCCUGGAUGUAAAUAAUGGUUUAGCUGUUGUAUUUUGUAUGCAGAUUUGGGGAAGACGUGGCAAUUUUAAUAAAUUCAGCAUCCUCUGCC